AUAAUUGGGAUCCUUCUUUGUUCUUCUUCCAGUUGCUUAUUUGGGAAACCAACUUCCUGUUGAUUAUGAUUUCUCACAUUCGCCAAGCAAAUCUCUGGACGCUUUCAGCAUUUCAAAUGUCAGACAAUUGGUUCAAACUGUUAAUAGCCAUCCCACCAUAUGAAUAUUUCAGUUUUAGCUGCUGCUUCAUCCCUGUGAUACAGAUUUGAUGCCAAUCCAAUAUUCCCUGGUGCUCUAGCUGCUGAAGUUUGAAGUUGCCAUAUCUAGUUCCAAUGUUCCAGGUUUACUAGCUGGUAAAGUAUUCUUCUAAUGGAAUUUGGAAAUUGAUAAGUAGCCAUAUCUAGUUCUAGUAGUCUUCUAAUUCUGUAGAUGGUCUGUGAUGCUAACGAAAGGAAAUCCCUUCUGUUCAUAUACUAGAUAAAGCCUUUCAAAAAUGAGGAUCUUGGUCCCUCUGUCUGCUAUUGGACCAACAAAUCAGUGUACAUAUCCUCUGAAAAAUAUUGAAGUAGCGGUGAACAAAUGGCAUAUACCUAGGUUUCCAUACAGCAUAUCUGAUGGCUGCUACAUCAGUAAUUCUACUGCAAAUGCUUUUGAUUACUUGACAACAAGUCUCGAGUCAUGUUUAAAAGAGAAGGAAGAUUCUAGUGGGAGAGAUUUGGGGUUGGAUUGUCUCAGUUUCUGUGAUGCUGCUCAAUCUUCCAGGUGUGAAGACAUUGUUGAAGAAGGACCUGAUAUGGAAGCACUGGAUUUUCAUGUUGUGGAUGAUAUUGGAUUAUCCAGUUACUACUCUCCCUUUGGGAUGGCUGAAGAGAUUGAAGAGCCAGUGGAGUCAGAAUUUAUCGGACGAGACCUCAAUGUUAAGAGCUGCCAUGAAGAGAAUGAAGUAUGAGAGGAAGUAUAUGAUUUUGCAAAAUAAAAAUUGCUGGUAAUA